GCCUGCUCAGAUUAAAGCAAGAGGCUGAAUACCUAGGAUUGUGCAAGGGAGCUCCCAGGAUCGGAUGGAGCUGGCUUUGAUAUCACAUCUGUGGACAUAGAGGAUUGGGAACACCAUCAGAAUCCAGAACAGUGCAGACUUUUGACUUGGGAAGCCUUCCCAGAGGACAGCAACUAGCUGGAGGUGCUGAAUGCUGGUUUGUGUGUGUAGGGGGAGGUGGUGGUGGUGUGAGGGUCUGGCAUUUGACUCCAAUUAAGGUGAAAUCUGGAGAGAACAGGAAGAAGAGCAAAAAGUGAAUGUGAUGAAGGAGUCAGGGUGUCUCCCAGCUGCUCCAUCUGCUGUGAGGAGAGAUGGAUGGACAGAAGUGCUGCUGUUUGCGACAACCUGCCUCCAAAAUGUGAAUAAGAAAAUCCUGCAAGAGAACCUGGUUCAGUCGUGCUUGUGCUGUUAAGAUCUAUUUCAUUCAGAGCAGACAAACGUUCACCAGGGUUGCUCCAUUGGAAGAGAAGUAGAUUACCUGGAGCAGAAGAGCUAAAAUCCCUCUCGAUGAAGUUAGAUUGGUUUGGGAUGCGUUCCCCACUCUGUAUACAAAUCGUCCUAACCAUGGGCACUGUGUAACCACAGCGUAUGGCUGGCUAAAGUGUUGGGUUGCCUCCUUUUUAUUUCUUAUAUAAGUUUGAACAAUGAUCACAGUCAAUUCGGAUGGAAAAAUAAUGAUCAGAAGAUGUCUUGUCACCUUGAGACCUUUUAGGAUAUUUGUGUUGGGCAUUGGAUUUUUCACCCUGUGCUUCUUAAUGACAUCUUUGGGAGGCCAGUUUUCAGCCAAAAGACUGGGAGACUCUCCCUUCACCAUCAGAACCGAAGUGAUGGGCGCGCUGGAGUCCAGAGGGGUGCUGCGGAAGAUGAGCGACAUGCUGGAGAUGAUGGUGAAGAGGAUGGACGUACUAGCCAGGCUGGAGAAUAGCACUGACUUCCGGAGAGGGGAGGAGGCACGUUUUCCUCCGGACAGGUUCCAGUCAGCAGCAGGUUUGAUGGAGAGGAUCCAAGCUAUUGCUCAGAAUGUCUCUGACAUUGCAGUGAAAGUAGAUCAGAUUCUCCGGAACAGCCUCAUGAAUGGGAAAGUGAUAGAAGGCAGACGGGACCAAUGCGAGGUGCCCAGGGACCCCAAAUACCCUGACUGCUCUGGAAAAGUGGAGUGGAUGAGGGCCAGGUGGACGUCCGACCCCUGCUAUGCAUUUUUCGGCGUGGACGGCACAGAAUGCUCGUUCCUCAUCUACCUCAGCGAAGUUGAGUGGUUUUGUCCUCCGCUGCCUUGGAGAAAUCAGACAGCAGCCAUGCCAUCCUCAAAGCCACCACCCAGAGUGCAGGCAGUCUUUCGGAGCAACCUCUCUUACCUCCUUGAGCUGAUCGGGAGUGGCAAGGAAUCCUUGAUCUUCAUGAAGAAGAGAGUCCGGCACUUGGCCUCACAGUGGCUUCUGGCAACCCGAAGCCUGGCGCAGAAACUGAAGGGCAGACGGCGGGAUCAAAAACAGAUCUUGAUUCACAUCGGCUUCCUGACGGAGGAGUCAGGGGAUGUUUUCAGCCCCAGGGUGCUGAAGGGGGGACCUCUGGGCGAGAUGGUCCAAUGGGCAGAUAUCUUAGCUGCCCUCUUCAUUCUGGGACACAGCCUAAAAGUCACAGUUUCUUUGAAAGAGCUGCAGAGUAAUUUAGGGGUGCCUCCAGGACGGGGCAAUUGUCCCUUGACUGUCCCUUUGCCCUUUGACCUCAUUUACACUGAUUACCAUGGCCUCCAGCAAAUGAAGCAACACAUGGGGCUCUCCUUUAAGAAAUACAGGUGUCGCGUUCGGGUCAUUGAUACCUUUGGGACAGAGCCAGCCUACAACCUUGAGGAGUAUGCCACUCUGCACGGCUACCGGACAAACUGGGGGUACUGGAACCUGAAUCCCAAGCAGUUCAUGACCAUGUUUCCUCACACUCCCGACAACUCCUUCAUGGGCUUUGUGUCUGAGGAGCUCAACGAGACUGAGCGGCAGUUCAUUAAGUCCAACAAAGCAAGCAACAUGGCAGUGGUGUACGGGAAGGAAGCCAGCAUCUGGAAGUUACAGGGCAAAGAAAAGUUCCUGGCCAUCCUUAACAAGUACAUGGAGAUCCACGGCACUGUUUAUUAUGAAACCCAGCGUCCUCCAGAGGUCCCAGCUUUUGUCAAGAACCAUGGCCUUCUGCCACAGCACGAGUUCCAGCAGCUUCUGAGAAAAGCCAAGCUUUUCAUCGGAUUUGGAUUCCCUUAUGAAGGUCCCGCCCCUUUGGAAGCGAUAGCCAAUGGGUGUGUUUUCCUGCAGUCUCGUUUCAACCCGCCGCACAGCUCCCUCAAUCAUGAAUUUUUCAGGGGGAAGCCUACAUCAAGAGAGGUGUCCUCCCAACACCCCUAUGCAGAGGACUUCAUAGGGAAGCCUUAUGUGUGGACGGUGGACUACAAUAACUCAGAGGAGUUUGAAGCCGCUGUCAAAACCAUCAUGAGGACCAAGGUGGACCCUUACGUACCCUAUGAAUACACCUGCGAGGGGAUGCUGGAGCGGAUUCACGCCUACAUUCAGCACCAGGAUUUCUGUGCUGGGGCUUCUCCUCCUCUGCCAGCAAAGCCCAACGGCCAUGCUAUGCCAAGCUCUCCGAGUCCAUUCACCCUGUCACCGAACGCCACUCACCUUGUGUGGUUGUACAAUGCCAGCAGCGCCCCCCAUGUCUGGCCUCCUGUGAGCUCCAUGCAGGUGUGGGUGUCUGAGGCCGGGCGAGCCUGCACUCAGACCUGUCAGGAGCACGGGCUGGUCUGUGAGCCGACAUUCUUCGAGUUUCUCAACAAGAAGGACGUGUUUCUCCAGCUUCGCAUUGCCUGUGACAGCAUGGAGUCUGAGAUGAGCCACCUCUACCCGGCGCUGGCUGAAAAUGUGCAGGAGUGCUACCUCCAGAAGGAACCGCUGCUGUACAGCUGUGCAGGCUACAGCACCAAGUACCGGCGCCUCUGCCCAUGUCGCGAUUACCAGAAAGGACAAGUGGCUCUGUGCAGGGACUGCUUGUGAUUCCACCCCCUGCUCCCAGAGUCCGGAGAGCGUGUGUUGUGACAUGCCACACGCAACAAGUAGCUUUUUCUCAAAGCUUCUGCAAUAUCCAAGAAGGACAGGACAGCUCCCUGUUCUUGGAAACUCAUGUCGAGACUUUGGAUGUCAGACUCUGUCGGUUGUUUUGUCUGCCAGUCAAAUGUCCGUGACUGACCACCCGCUCAUGCUGGAUUUUUAUUUCUCAAGACACAUCUCCUUCCACGCCCAAGCCCACCUGAACUUCAGAGGAGCCCAGUGCCGCUUCAGUAGGACAAGGCGCCAGCAGCCUGUUGGUUUGAGUUUCAUCCUCUUUUAACGUCCUAGUUUAUUUAUUUAUAUUUUUUAUCAAAUUAAAGCAGCAAAACAACCAUCGGUCCUUCCUGAGGAGUUAUUUGGAACAAUCUCCUUAGAAAUACUUACGUGGGGGUGACAGAUCUUGGAAGGCUCCAGUGCCAGACACAUCUAGGAAGAUGCCUUCGAUUCUAUCAGUCCGAUCCACUGUCCUGCCUUUGGAAGGGACAGAGGGAGGGGGAGGCGUUCUACACAUGCUGAUGGGAACACGUCUCUUAUUCCAUUCCCGUCACUAGCACUAGUAAGAGCUUGGGAACCCUGCCCCGCAGAAGUGCGGGGGGUGGGGGUGGAGAUUCUGGGCACGACAUCACAGCACCAGAGACAAGCGUCCCUGUGCAGUAGCUCAGGGGGAUGUUAAUGUUGUGGCAGUCACAUGCCAGAACAGAGUGUGCAGGGAUCGACCUGUUCACAGCUGGGGCCAAAGAGGGACGUUCUGAGGGAGGGAGCUGACCCCCGCACCAAGUGGUUCCCCAUUUCUUCAUGCUGCUCUCCUAGUUUCCCAGACGAAGGCCUUGGCUGUAGCAGCCAGUCCUCACCAUCCCCGGAAUGGCGUGCUCUGCCCCUUUAAGGGACAGGGGCCUGGGGCCAGCCAGCCCUGUUCCAUUAUCAGACCCAGCUGGGAAGGGGUCAGCUGUGUUCCAGAAAGGUCUGAGAGAGCUGCUGGAAGGGGAGCUCCAGGAGCGAGGGUGGUGUCUGGCCCUGGAGCAAAGGGGCAGGGGCAGAGGAAAGACCUCUGUGGCCAGGGCUGCUCAGGGUGAGCGCUUUGUUUUGUGUUACUUUGUGAGUUUUUUGUUUGAAUUAAACUCCUGCCCUGAGACACCCCAUGGGUGAGGUGUUAGUCCGCUGGGGAGCCAGGCCAGCAGCCCUGCAAUCUCCCAUUCAGUCGGAGACAUUCUGCACCACCAGGGAGCAUGGGCUGCCCCUGUGAGACUGGGCUGUGGAGCAGCCCGACCCCCUGGCAGGUUCGAGCGGGCACAGCUGGCUGUGGGUCAGGUGGCAGGUGUAACCCACCCCCACUGGUCUCUGGAGGUUUGGCAGGGGGGAGCCUGGAGAGCAAGUCCCCCAAGCCUGAUAUGGCAGGAGAGGCACAUGGGCCAGUGGUUGGGAAUCCCUGAGGAGGCAGACCAGGAAGGGUGUGGCAUUGCACGGCUGACUCGCAGCACUGGAAGUGUUCGGGGAGGCUCUGGGUAGGGAGCUCUCAAGACAUGCCCAUCCGCUGAGCCCUGAGAGAAGCGGCUGGUCCCACACAGAGCCUUCCUGGGAGCCAUGCUAACAGCAUAGGGAUGCAGAGGGACCAGUCUGGCAAUGUCUGCCCUGCACGGGGCU